AUGAGACUUCCUGCAGUCUUAUCGUGGCUUUUCUUGAUGGCCAUUUACUCACUUUUCCUCACCAUUUCUGUCUUUGGGUUGCCUGGCCAAUGUAGUAGCAAUCAGAAGUCCUUGUUGCUGCAACUUAAGAACAACCUUACAUUCGAUCCUACUAUUUCCACAAAACUUGUUAAGUGGAAUCGAAGUUUUGAUUGCUGUUCUUGGGAAGGCAUAACCUGUAAUGAGGGACAUGUUAUUGGUCUCGACCUGACCAAUGAAUCCAUCUCGGGUGGACUUGACAAUUCAAACACCCUCUUCAGUCUUCAACACCUCCAGAGCCUGAGUUUGGCAUUUAACGACUUCGACAAUUCUCAGAUUCCAUCAAAGUUUGGCAAGCUUAAGAAUUUGAGUUAUUUGAAUCUAUCCAAUGCUGGCUUUGCUGAGCAGAUUCCUAUUGCAAUUUCGCAUUUGACAAGGUUGGUUACUCUUGAUUUAUCCAUCAACAAUGGCCUUUAUCUUGAGAAACCAAAUUUAAAUAUGCUUCUUCGGAACCUUUCAAAGCUUAUCGAACUUUAUCUUGAUGGUGUAGCUAUAUCAGCACAAGGUAACAAGUGGUGUCAGGUCUUAUCAUCUUCAUUGCCAAAUUUGAGAGUGUUAAGCUUGUCAAACUGCAAUCUUUCAGGCCCUAUUGAUUCAUCUUUACGAAAUCUUAAGUCCCUCUCAAUUAUUCGUUUGAAUUAUAACGACUUUUCUGCUCCAGUUCCAGAAUUUUUUGCAGAUUUCAAAAACUUGACAUCUUUGGAAGUCUCCUCUUCUGGGUUGAAUGGAAAAUUUUCGAAAAAGAUCUUCCAGAUUCCAACACUGCGGACGCUUGACUUAUCAUACAAUGACUUGCAAGGUUCUUUGCCACAUUCUAUUGGCAACCUCACACAGUUGGUCUAUUUAGACAUGUCAUCGAACAUGUUUAGUGGAUUAAUUCCAGUAUUUAGUAUGGCCAAGAAUCUAACCAAACUAGACCUUUCUUCCAAUAAUCUAACUGGUCAGAUUGCUUCCACUCAAUGGGCAGAACUUCUGAAUUUAGAGAUUCUUGAUUUAAGUGACAAUUCACUGAAUGGGGAUAUUCCAAUUUCACUCUUUUCCCUUCCAUCAUUGCAGCCUUCAAUGAGACUUCCUGCAGUCUUAUCGUGGCUUUUCUUGAUGGCCAUUUACUCACUUUUCCUCACCAUUUCUGUCUUUGGGUUGCCUGGCCAAUGUAGUAGCAAUCAGAAGUCCUUGUUGCUGCAACUUAAGAACAACCUUACAUUCGAUCCUACUAUUUCCACAAAACUUGUUAAGUGGAAUCGAAGUUUUGAUUGCUGUUCUUGGGAAGGCAUAACCUGUAAUGAGGGACAUGUUAUUGGUCUCGACCUGACCAAUGAAUCCAUCUCGGGUGGACUUGACAAUUCAAACACCCUCUUCAGUCUUCAACACCUCCAGAGCCUGAGUUUGGCAUUUAACGACUUCGACAAUUCUCAGAUUCCAUCAAAGUUUGGCAAGCUUAAGAAUUUGAGUUAUUUGAAUCUAUCCAAUGCUGGCUUUGCUGAGCAGAUUCCUAUUGCAAUUUCGCAUUUGACAAGGUUGGUUACUCUUGAUUUAUCCAUCAACAAUGGCCUUUAUCUUGAGAAACCAAAUUUAAAUAUGCUUCUUCGGAACCUUUCAAAGCUUAUCGAACUUUAUCUUGAUGGUGUAGCUAUAUCAGCACAAGGUAACAAGUGGUGUCAGGUCUUAUCAUCUUCAUUACCAAAUUUGAGAGUGUUAAGCUUGUCAAACUGCAAUCUUUCAGGCCCUAUUGAUUCAUCUUUACGAAAUCUUAAGUCCCUCUCAAUUAUUCGUUUGAAUUAUAACGACUUUUCUGCUCCAGUUCCAGAAUUUUUUGCAGAUUUCAAAAACUUGACAUCUUUGGAAGUCUCCUCUUCUGGGUUGAAUGGAAAAUUUUCGAAAAAGAUCUUCCAGAUUCCAACACUGCGGACGCUUGACUUAUCAUACAAUGACUUGCAAGGUUCUUUGCCACAUUCUAUUGGCAACCUCACACAGUUGGUCUAUUUAGACAUGUCAUCGAACAUGUUUAGUGGAUUAAUUCCAGUAUUUAGUAUGGCCAAGAAUCUAACCAAACUAGACCUUUCUUCCAAUAAUCUAACUGGUCAGAUUGCUUCCACUCAAUGGGCAGAACUUCUGAAUUUAGAGAUUCUUGAUUUAAGUGACAAUUCACUGAAUGGGGAUAUUCCAAUUUCACUCUUUUCCCUUCCAUCAUUGCAGGUAUUACAACUUUCCAAUAACCAAUUUUCUGGUCAACUCAAAGAAUUUUCUAACAUUUCUUCUUACAUGCUACAAGAACUUGAUUUGAGCAAUAACGACUUGGAAGGUCCAAUACCCAUGUCUAUCUUUGAACUUCGAGGUCUUGAAAUCCUUUCACUUUCUUCAAACAACUUUGAUGGCUCCAAUUUGUUGAUUGAAUAUAGUGGUUUUAACCUUUCAUCACCCCCUUUCCCCCAAAUUGCUUCUUUAGGCUUGGCUUCUAGCAAGUUGGAAAAAAUCCCCGAUUUCCUUAGAAACCAAUCCAGUUUAUACUCUUUAGACCUUUCAAAAAACCAGAUUUAUGGAGAGAUGCCCAACUGGAUCUGGAAACUUCCUCAACUUAGAUUUCUAAAUCUCUCUUAUAACCUCUUGGUGACUCUCGAAGGGCCUAUCCUUAAUCUUUCUCUUCCUGUUGCAAGAUAUCUAGACUUUCGCUCCAACCAGUUCCAUGGUCAACUCCCAGUUCUCCCACUUGUGAGCUACUUGGAUUUCUCGAUGAAUAAUUUCCAUUCUGCCAUACCGGCUAGCAUUGGCCAGUCCCUUGAUUCCACACAAUUCUUUUCUAUUUCAAGCAAUAAAUUAUAUGGGAGUAUCCCUGUAUCGAUAUGCAAUGCUACGUAUCUUCGAUUUCUCGAUAUGUCUGAUAAUUACUUUAGUGGCAAAAUUCCUCAAUGCUUGAUUGAGAUGAGUGGGACUCUUCUUCAGGUGUUGAGUUUAAGGAGAAACAAUCUCAGUGGUACAAUUCCUGAUACAUUUCCAGAGUCUUGUUAUUUUCAAACUUUAGUUAUCAAUGAAAACCAUCUCGAAGGAGAGUUACCAAAAUUUUUGGCGAAUUGCCAUUCUUUGGAGGUCUUGGAUGUUGGGAACAACCACAUUGAGGAUACCUUCCCAUUUUACUUGAACGGAAUAACCAUAUUGAAGGUUCUUAUUUUGCGAUCUAACAAAUUUUACGGGCUCAUUGCUCAUCCAAAGCUUGAUGUCCCUUGGCCGAUGCUUCAAAUCCUAGAUGUAGCCUCAAACAAUUUUACUGGUAAACUUCCAAUAAUACUCCUUUCUACUUGGAUGGCAGUGAUGGAUAAUGCACAUGAGGCAACCUCUGAGCUCAAUCACAUCCAAGUUAAUAUUGGCAGUUUUUAUUAUCGAGAUAUGGUAAUAGUUAUCACCAAAGGUUUAGAGGUGGAACUUGUGAAGAUUCUAAAUAUUUUCACCACCAUUGAUUUUUCUUGCAACAACUUUGAAGGUGCUAUACCUGAAGAAAUUGGGGAAUUCACCCUGUUAUAUAAUCUCAACUUGUCACAUAAUGCUUUCACGGGCAAAAUCCCUGCAUCUCUGGGGAAAUUGAGUCAUCUUGAGUCACUAGACUUGUCAAGUAACAAGCUUACCGGAGAGAUUCCUAUGCAACUCGCAAAUGGUCUUAUUUUCCUUUCGGUCCUCAACCUUUCGUUCAACCAAUUGGUGGGACAGAUUCCAUUCAUCAAGCAAUUUGCUACAUUUUCAGAAAAUUGCUUCAAAGGAAAUGAAAGAUUAUGUGGUUUCCCUUUGAAAUCACAGUGCUCACAUGAGGAGCCACGGUUGUCACCUCCAGCAUAUGAAGAAUCUCAUUCCAAUUCUGGGACUGUGAUUGAGUGGAAUUAUAUAAGCGCUGAACUAGGAUUUGUUUUUGGCUUCGGAAUUAUAAUUGGGCCUCUUAUGUUUUGGAAGAAAUGGAAGAUAUGGUACUAUAAACAUGUUGAUGACAUUGGUUUUAGGAUCUUCCCUAAACUGUAUCUCCGAAACGAACAUCGUCAAAGACGAGCAUUCCGCAAUCAGGAGCCGAGGCGCUAGUUUCAGUUUUGAGGCACAACACCUCCAGAGAUAUAUUACUCCAAGAGCUUCCUUUGGAGGAAGUUUGCUGAAGUCUGUAAGGCCUCUCCAGUGGUAGUUAUGUUCAGUUGCUGAUAUACACUCUCAGUACUUUUGUGAUGCUGUUAAUCAAGAUGAUUACCAGUGUACCUCUUUUAAUUCUAAUUAUUUUUUCCUAUUUCAGUGCUUUAUUUUUGUUUUGCUUGUGCUUGGAAAGCAUUUGAGGAUGAAUCCUAUAUGUAUGAAUGAAAAUGGUUUCU